UAUAGACAUUAGACACGCUCUUGUUUUAUUGCUAACUAAUACACGCAAGUGUUCCAGAACACAUUGCCCGUAAUCUAAUCCUCAAUCAACGACUUCAUUUUCACGUUGAUGUCUUCUUUAUAUAUUUAAUCCCCAUAUUGAAGUGGUGGUGGUAGCAGAUUCCAUUGGUACCUAGUUGUCUACAAAAAAGAUCAUCCUAUACUGUUCUGUUCAUGUGUAAUAAAUAUAUAUCCUCAACCUUUUCUCUUCUACAGACAUCUCUCUCUUUAAACCCCAAAAAACAAAGCAAUGCCGAGUGCUAUCGAAUCACCAGAGCACAAUCCAAUGAGUCAUCUCAUCAACAACAUAUCUUCGUAUGACAGCAACAUAAUGCUUGCUGCAGUUAUAUCCCUUCUUUUAGUAAUCCUCUUUGUGUUGCUUCUCCACAUCUAUGCCAAGUGGUUCUUGGCACAAGCUCGCCAUAGAAGAAGAUCAAGUUCUGUGUCUGUGUCUCACGUUCUGCGUGCUUCAAGAUUCCACCAUUUCCAUAAUUUCACUGUUGACACUACUUUCUCUACUUCCCCUUCAAAGGGUCUUGAUGGAUCAGUCAUUUCUUCAAUUCCAUUGUUUGUUUACAAAGCAGAAGAGUGUAAACAAGGCUUAGAGUGUGUCAUUUGCUUAAGUCCCUUUGAGGAAAAUGAGGUUGGCAAGAGCUUGAUAAAGUGUGGUCAUGGGUUUCAUGUUGAGUGUAUUGAUAUGUGGCUGAAUUCUCACUCUAAUUGUCCUGUUUGUAGAGCUCCUGCUGUGGGUGAUGACAAUGACAUUGCUAUUGAUGAUCUCAAGUCCACGGAGGUGAGUAGGGAGUCAACAGAUGAGAGGGGCUUGAGUGACGGUGGGGCUUCUAGAUUGGAAAUUGUCACUGAUUUUUCAAAUUCUGAGAAUGAGAAUGGAAAUGUUGUGGUAGAUCGUGAUUGUUUAUCAGAAUCACCAUCUACUUCUUUGUCUUUGAGUUCUUCUUUGAAGAGAAUGUGUAGGAAUAGAUCAGAAAGCAAGGUAUUCCCAUCAAUUAAUGCGACUGCGCUGGAUGCUUGAGAGAUUGUCUAUGUUCACGCAGAAUAUUUGCAUUCCACAUUGUAUAGAUCUUUUGUAAAGAAAACACAGCUCAAUAAUCUUGGCCUUUUACGGGUUAGUUCUAAAAUUGGUCACACUCAUUGUUAGCUGAAGAAACAGUAGUUUGAUCAAAGAACUGGCGUGCACCAUAUCUGUCCAUGAUCUGAAAGUCAUAUGCUUAGCACAAGGCAUCGCAAGGGAAGAAUCUUGACUGAGCUGUAGCUGGUUAUGGAGUUGUGUGUGGAGCAUGGCUGUAUCCCUGACACAUAAUUGAUGCAUGGGGCUAAAUCCGUAUUAUGUCUGAUGAGUAAAUGAAAAGGUGGGUCUUAUUUCCAUCACCAAUUAAGAGGUGGGCCUAUAUGGAGAGGUAAGAGAGGACAAAUUCUCUCGUAAAGUCUUCCAUGGUUUCUGCUUGCUGUUUUGGAGUCUUGCAUUAAACAAAUGGCUACAUAUGAGCGAUGUACAAGCUAGGCCUCCCUAGUUGGUUGGUGUUUAGCUCACAAAUCCAAGAGGUCAAGGCUAACGCAAGAAACCAGAGAUGUGUACGCUUUCCGUUGAUUAGAGCUUCUGGCUUCAAUUUGUCUCAUCCAGAUUUCAGACCUCAGCUCAAUUUGUUGUUUAACUAAGAGACAUUGGAUAUAUAAUCUGUCGUCAUCGAUAGCAGGGAAAAAAACGAAGAAAGAAAGUAAAAGAAUUAUACGAGCCUUCUGAUA